AUAUGUCGGAUAACGUCGGAAAGAGGCCAUUCCACUGGCUGAAACUCAAUUUUCAUCAUUUGUGGUUGCAGAAAGAUUGCUCCUCGUCGCUUCUCCGGCAGCUCUCAGAUGUGAAGAUCUUUUAUUGAGAGGUAGAGGAAGAAGGGUACAAUUUUCUUCUUCAAUCAAGGGAAGACUAUCUACCUGUUUUAGCAGAAAUGGUGCAGGAUUUGUCAAUACACUCUCUGACAUCCUUGGGAGAUCCAAAGGUUUAUGGAUCACCUCUUUCAUGGAGGGAGAAUUUCAAGCAGACAAGUCCAACCCAUUUAACUUCCAGGCAAUUCUUUUGGCAUCAACGCAUGCGAAGCUUUUCCUUAGCUAGCCAACCCUGUAGAUCGAAACGAGGAAAUUUUAAGGUUAAAGCUGGAUGGUUGUUCAGAGGGGGUGGACAAGGAUUGGAUGCUCGUAUAGAGCGCAGUGAGAACGCUAACAAUGAUAUUUUAAUCUUCUUUUUCCAGUUGGACCUGGCAACACGAGUACAGUAUGCAUUGAACAUUGAACAGUAUGAAAUUGCACAAGAAUUGAGAACAAAGCUAACCGAGGUCGAAGCAGAAGUCAUCAAGCAGCAAGAAUCUAAAAGGGGGUUGACUUCAAAGAGCGAAGUUCAAGACAAAGGUUUACAUAUCAUUCGUUUACGUGCAGAUUUGCAGAAGGCUAUUGAAAGUGAAAAUUAUACUUUUGCUGCACAGCUGCGGGAUCAAAUUUCCAAACUGGAAACUGAGUCCCUAGCUGCAUCUGCAAAAGUUCUGGCUUACGAAAGUGCUGAAUAUAAUUUUAGAUUGGGACAGAAAACGAAGCACAAGAUUUUUGGAUACCGAGGUGUGAUUUGUGGAAUGGAUCCUGUGUGUUGUGAAACAAGUUCCUGGAUGGAGAUAGCACAAGUUGAAAAAUUAUCUCGAGGUUCGAAUCAGCCGUUCUAUCAGGUUUUAGUCGAUGUUCGUACAAACCCGGAUUUGCUGGUUGCAUAUGUUGCUGAGGAAAAUCUUCUUGUUCCUGAAGAACCAGAUACGGUGGCUGAGAGGUUUGAUCAUCCAUAUAAUUCCUUCUUAUUCUAUGGAGUGGAUACAGCUGGGGAUUUCAUUCCUGUAAGGCAACUGCGGGAGAAGUACAAUCGACCUCGACACGAAGUUCCUUAUGAUUCUCAAGACGACGACGAGCAACGAGGUGAUGAUUGAGCAGUGCACAUUUUUUGAAAUCCAUCAUUCAACACCUUCAAAAAAAUGGUUUGUUCAUCUCAUUUCUUAUGAGUUCUUUAAUUCUCUCCUUGUGUGGUAAGCUUUCCAUAUUCGUUGAUUUUCUGGAGAUUUGAUGAAACUUGAUAGCUGAAAAUUCUGAAUCAGUAUUAUACAUGUCAUAUAUAUAUACACACACACACAGCAUCGCGU